AUGUCGUCGGCUACGUCCAUCUCCGCCACCAUCAGGCACCUUCAAAUACGCUCUUGUCCCGCCCGGUCUCUACUCACGUCUCGCACAUGUGUGCCGGCAACUGGUGACCGGCAGAAACAAUUCUGCGUCAAAAUGUCCUCGAAAGCAUCGGACCCGCUUGAAGUCUGCGCUAAAGAAUCUGUUACAGCUCCCAACAAGCUUGGAGACUGUCCAUUCACUCAAAGGGUCUUGUUAACAUUGGAGGAAAAACAUCUUCCCUAUGACUUGAAGUUGGUUGAUUUGAGGAACAAACCUGAAUGGUUCUUGAAUAUAAGUCCCGAAGGUAAAGUUCCCUUGAUAAAGCUCGAUGACAAGUGGAUACCUGAUUCUGAUGUUAUAACUCAGGCGUUAGAAGAGAAGUUUCCAGAACCCCCACUUGCAACGCCACCAGAGAAAGCUGCAGCUGGUUCCAAGAUAUUCUCGACAUUUAUUGGAUUUCUUAAAAGCAAAGACCCAAAUGAUGGAACGGAGCAAACAUUACUGACUGAGCUCGGGGACUUCAAUGGUUAUCUUGAGGACUGUGGCCCAUUUAUCAAUGGGGAAGUGAUAUCGGCAGCUGAUUUGUCACUUGCACCAAAGCUCUACCAUCUUGAGAUUGCUUUGGGACACUAUAAGAAGUGGUCUGUCCCACCAUCACUUACCUAUCUGAAUUCAUACAUGAAGACUAUAUUCUCCAUGGAUUCUUUCAUCAAAACUCGAGCUCUACCGGAAGAUGUGAUUGAAGGCUGGAGGUCGAAAGUCGAAGGUUGA